GCGUGCGGCUGGCCCGCAGUUGCCCCUGUGGUCGGAAGAGCAAGCUCUCAGAACGCAGAGCCGGUGCCCGCCAUGAGGGAGAUCGUGCACAUCCAGGCGGGCCAGUGCGGGAACCAGAUAGGCACCAAGUUUUGGGAAGUGAUCAGCGAUGAACACGGUAUCGACCCGGCGGGAGGCUAUGUAGGUGACUCGGCGUUGCAACUGGAGAGAAUCAACGUCUACUACAAUGAGUCAUCGUCUCAGAAAUACGUGCCUAGGGCCGCCCUGGUGGACUUGGAACCCGGCACCAUGGACAGUGUGCGGUCUGGGCCUUUUGGGCAGCUGUUCCGGCCUGACAACUUCAUCUUUGGACAAACUGGUGCAGGGAACAACUGGGCAAAGGGGCAUUACACAGAAGGAGCAGAGCUGGUGGAUUCGGUGCUCGAUGUGGUGAGGAAAGAAUGUGAGCACUGUGACUGCCUGCAGGGCUUCCAGCUGACCCACUCUCUGGGAGGAGGAACAGGGUCAGGCAUGGGCACGCUGCUCAUCAGCAAAAUCAGAGAGGAGUAUCCUGACAGGAUCAUGAACACCUUCAGCGUCAUGCCCUCCCCCAAAGUCUCAGACACGGUGGUGGAGCCCUACAAUGCCACCUUGUCAGUCCACCAGCUGGUGGAGAACACGGAUGAGACUUACUGCAUUGACAACGAGGCCCUGUACGACAUCUGCUUCCGCACCCUGAAGCUAACCACUCCAACUUACGGGGACCUCAACCACCUGGUGUCAGCCACCAUGAGUGGGGUCACCACCUCACUACGCUUCCCGGGCCAGCUCAAUGCUGACCUCCGAAAGCUUGCGGUGAACAUGGUCCCUUUUCCCCGCCUCCACUUCUUCAUGCCUGGCUUUGCCCCACUGACGGCCAGAGGCAGUCAGCAGUACCGGGCCCUGACAGUGCCGGAACUGACUCAGCAGAUGUUCGAUGCCAAGAAUAUGAUGGCGGCCUGUGAUCCAAGACAUGGGCGCUACCUGACCGUGGCCACUGUCUUCCGGGGCCCCAUGUCAAUGAAGGAGGUGGACGAGCAGAUGCUGGCCAUCCAGAACAAGAAUAGCAGCUAUUUUGUGGAGUGGAUCCCCAACAAUGUCAAGGUGGCUGUGUGUGACAUCCCUCCUCGAGGCCUCAAAAUGGCCUCCACAUUCAUUGGCAACAGCACGGCCAUCCAGGAGCUGUUCAAGCGCAUCUCAGAGCAGUUUUCUGCCAUGUUCCGCCGGAAGGCCUUCCUGCACUGGUUUACAGGAGAGGGCAUGGAUGAGAUGGAGUUCACAGAAGCAGAGAGCAACAUGAACGACCUGGUGUCUGAGUACCAGCAAUAUCAAGAAGCUACGGCCAAUGAUGGUGAAGAAGCUUUUGAAGAUGAUGAAGAAGAGAUCAAUGAAUAGAGGAGUGCCUGUUUCAAACAUGACAAUGCAGAUUUUCUUUAACUCUGAUGUGUCUUAAUUCUAAUGGCCAUUGAAUAAGGAACUGGUCUAAAUAUAUGGGUACAGGCCCCUCCCAAAUGCAAUAAAAUUGUACUCUCAGUCAUCUAGAAGCAAGCAAGCACAUUCAAAUAGCAAAGACUUGGCAGUCCAAUGUAGUCAGAUCAGACUAGGGAUAUUUUCUGCUGGAGGAUUUAAAAGAAAUAAUGGGCCGUCAAUAAAGGGCUACACAAAUAAACCUCACCUUCAGUUAAGAGUGCAACAUGUCUGAGAAUUAGCAGAGAAGUUAGAAACAGUGUUUUUUCAUCCUUUGUGAAAUGAAGCUGUGCAGUGUUGCCUUAUAUUGAAAAUGCAAUAUUGACCUUUGAAACAA